AUGUGCCACACGCAAAGCAAACACUACACCGUCUGCCGCCACACCAUCACGACGACAAUGCCGUGCGCUAGCGCCCUCACUGCCGCCCUCACUGCCACCAGCAACAGCAACAGCAGUAGCAACACUAACCGCACCACCACCACCACUAACACCACCAGCAGCAGCACACCCACCCAACCCCAUCACCAACAACUCCAGCAACUCCAGCGCCCCCCUCCCCCACGCCACUUCUGCCCCCACUCCACACAAACCGCAACCCAGCAAACGCAGCGCCGGCGCUGCCCCCCCUGCCGCAAGCAGCGCGCGCGCGCCGAAGCCCUGCGCAAACUCCGCAACAGCGACGCGGUGCGCAAGCGCGAGAUGGAUCGCGCCGCGAGGGAUGCGUUGGGUGGGAAGAGGUAUUGGUGGGAGGAUUGUAAACGGGAGGGUUAGGUGGGUGCGGGUGUGGGUGUGCGUGGUUAUGCGUGUGGUUAUGCGGGCUUGCGUUUACUUACUCACUUGGCAUAUGGGCUUUCGGAGUCUGACUAGACACUACUACCUAAGGGAUUGUGGGUGCGGCUUGUUCGUUCUCUUUCGGCCUUUAGGCUCGGAACAAAGAACGGAGUUGGGGACGGUGUUGGUGAAGUAUUACU